GGGACAAGCACGGAUAGUCGGAACACCGGAACACAAGUACGGAACGCCCAUUGGACCAAAAGUGUUAGUUGUUGUUAAAUUGGGAGCAGGGACGAGUAAACUAUGCUGUAAGAGCAACGUUUAGGGAUUGAAACGUAACGCUGGGUGGACAUUUGUAGCUAUGAGAGUCUUAAUAGGAGGAGGAUCUGGUUUUGUGGGUCGUGAGCUGACUCGUUUGCUCCGAGACAAAGGUCAUGAAGUCACAGUGAUAUCCCGUCAACCUGGUCCAGGAAAGAUUACAUGGGGUGAACUGGAGUCUCGCGGCCUCCCACCAUGUGACGGUGCUGUUAACUUGGCUGGAGAAAAUCUCAUGAACCCUCUCCGGUGGUGGAACGAGAGCUAUAAAAAGGAUCUGUUCUCCAGUCGCAUCGACACAACAAAAGCUCUGUCCCAAGCCAUUGCAGCAUCCCAGAGUCCUCCUCACUCCUGGGUGCUCGUGUCAGGUGUCGCAUGCUACAAACCAAGUCUGACAGCUGAGUACACAGAAGACAGCGAGUGGACACCCUUUGACUUUCUCUCACAACUGGUCAAAGAGUGGGAGGAAGCAGCUCUUCUUCCAGAGAACGUGGCUAACAACACCAAACAAGUUGUCAUUCGUUCUGGGGUUGUUUUGGGUCGUGACGGGGGUGCCAUGAAACAAAUGCUGCUUCCCUUCUGGCUCGGUCUCGGAGGCACACUGGGUUCUGGAACACAGCCAUUCCCGUGGAUCCAUGUCUCCGACCUGGCAGGAAUCAUUGCUGGUUCUCUGGAGCCCCCUGCUGACCCACCGUCCACCUCUCCACAGGUGUACAACGGGGUUGCACCUGCGCUGAACACCAACUAUGAGUUCACUAAGGAAUUGGGUCGGAUCCUGAGGCGGCCCACCAUCUUUCCUGUGCCGGGUUUCGUUAUGAGCGCCCUGAUGGGUUCUGAAAGGGCCACGGUCCUCACUGAGGGUCAGAAAGUCGUUCCAAAUCGGACUUUAGAGUCUGGAUUUCAGUACAAGUACCCAGACUUGACCUCUGCCCUAAAACAGAUUGUUGAGAAUUAAAGAACAUUUUCUUCCCAUUUACUGCCAUAUAAAAUAAAAAGAACAUUGUAAAUGGCUCCA